UGAAUUGAUGCAUUAUGUUGGGCUGUAUAUGAUUUGUAAGUUAUUGGAUUUGGCCCAAGAGGCCCAUAUAUGUAUAUGUAUAUGUACUCAGACUCAAGAGAUAGAGGGUGACUCCAGAAAAUUCUCCAAACAUCUACAUGGUGUCAGAGCCGACUGUGGCGAUGGCGGCGGCGACCUGUGGCAGCUGCCGGUGGUGAGGCCAUCUCGAGAGCUGCAGGAGGAGAGGUUCGCUCUGGAGGCAUCUAGCUGCAGCGGAAAGGACAACGGAGGCACCCAGUUCGUAGGAGAGGAUUUGUGGCUGGGUGUGCAGAGGAAGCAACUUAGGAGCUUGUGGUGGUGCGUGGAUUGGAGAAUAGAGCUCCUGAAGCCGCAUCAGAGGAGCUUGUGGUGGCAGGUAGAAGCAGGUCAACAUCGUGUGUUGCUGGCCUGCAACGCAGUGGCAGCACAAAGGCUGGCAGGACCUCUGACGGGAACUGCAGACGUCAAGGAAAAGGUGAGGAGCUGAUCUACAAUCAGAAGCUGCAAAAUAGGGAGGAUUUGGUGCUGCUUGCUGCUGGAGGCUUGUACGUGUUAGUGAAAGGGAGCUAAGAGGUGCUGGUUAUUUGGGUUGUUUAGACUACUAGUUGGUACACAACAGUAUUUGUGGAAGUAUCUACGGCAGGCUGUAGAUUUCAGCAGAAAUGGGAGAUAAUCAGGGGAUUGAGCAGAUAUUGGGCAAGCUAGUCGAUUUGCUUACUGAGAAGAAGAAUGAGGCUCCAUCUUCGAGCAAAGUGGGUGUGCCAUUAUAUACAGAUGCAGUUCAGAAAUUGGAACUCACACCGAAUGAUAUCAAACUGGAAGGCGUAAAGAAUUAUUUAGCUUGGUCCAGGAGGGCAUUAUUGUUGUUAAAGGCAAAGAAACUUGAAAGUUUCGUUAAUGGAAAGGUAACUGAACCCAAGGAUAAAUCAAGUGAUGAAUGGAAAGCCUGGGAUGCUACUAACUCUUUGAUAGUUGCCUGGUUGUUGAGCUCAAUGGUGCCACCUAUUGCUGGAUCAGUAGAUACAAUUAUGACUGCAUAUGGUAUUUGGGAAUCACUAUCGAAGACAUACUCUGGUGUAGGGAAUGUGAUGUUGUUUGUUGAUACAGAUGAUAGGCUCUAUCAUCUGAAACAGGGGGAGCUAUCUCUGAUGGAGUAUGUUGCAGAGCUAAAGCGGUUAUGGGCUGAUUUGGACCACUAUGAUCCAAUUGAGUUGCCACACCCUGAUUGUGUGGCGUGGGUGAAGAAAUGGGUUGAGAAAAAACGAGUUCUCCAAUUCUUGAGAGGCCUCAAUUCAGAAUUUGAGGGAAGGCGUGCCUCUCUGUUUCAUCAAUCCAGCCUGCCUAGUAUAGAAGAAGCUAUUGCUGCUAUGGCACAAGAGGAAACUAGGCUAAAGGUAAUGAAAGGAAAUGUUCCAGCCCCAUCCCGUCCAGCAUAUGUUGUAACAAGAUCUCAAGAGACUAGAAUAUGCUAUAAUUGUGGUGAUAAGGGUCAUCUGAGUCGGGACUGCAGUCAACCACAAAAGACUUAUCGCGGAAGAGGAAGAGGCAAUGAUAGGGGUGCACCGAGAGGAGGUAGAGGUCAUGGUGGAAGAAGAGGCCUUAGAGCCAAUUUUGCUAUGUCUGAGGAAGGUGCUUCAGACUUAGUCACAAUUUCAGCUACAGAAUUAGAAGAGUUGAGAAAGCUGAAGGAAAAUAAGAACAACUCAAAAUCAGAUGAUCAGGGAGUAGUGUCAACUUCAACAGAUAAUGUUGCCAAUUUUAUCCAUUGUGACGCAGGAAAGGAAGACUGGAAAGCGUCUUGGGACUGGGGUUCGUCAUAAUGGGCUAUGGUAUCUUGACAGAAGGAAGACAAAUAAAGCGAUAUGUCUUGCUUUAUCAGCCAUUGCAAAUGAAGAUGAGGCUAAGGUAAUGCUUUUGCAUUGUCGGUUGGGACAUAUAUCUUUUGAUAUUAUGAGUAGGAUAUUUCCUGAACAAAUGUGUAAGGUAGACAAAAGUAAGUUACUAUGUGAUGCAUGUGAGUUUGGGAAACACACAAGAACUUCAUAUGUGAGUAGGGGAUUGCGAAGUGUGUCACCUUUUAUAUUAAUUCACUCUGAUGUGUGGACUUCUCCAGUUGUUUCUCUGAGUGGAAUGAAAUAUUUUGUGACCUUCAUUGAUUGUUACUCUCGAAUGACAUGGUUAUAUCUCAUGAAACAUAAAAGUGAGGUGCUUAACUGCUUUAAGGACUUUUGUGCAUGCAUAAGAAACCAAUUCAAUGCUCAUGUUCAUAUUAUUAGAACUGAUAAUGGGUCAGAGUAUGUGAACAAUGAAUUUAGAAGUUAUCUAUCUACUGAGGGAAUAUUACAUCAAACCUCUUGUCCUGAUACACCUGCACAAAAUGGAGUGGCAGAAAGGAAGAAUAGACAUCUCUUGGAGGUGGCUCGUUCACUCAUGUAUACUAUGAACGUGCCUAAGUUCUUUUGGAGUGAGGCAGUUAUGACCGCUACUCAUCUUAUUAAUCGUAUGCCAUCGAGAGUGCUUGGUAUGAAAACUCCAUGUGAAAUGAUUUUUGGAAAAAAUGAGUUUAUUGUUCCACCAAAGGUGUUUGGAUGCACAUGCUUUGUUAGGGAUCAUAGACCAUCUGUUGGGAAAUUAGAUCCUCAAGCUGUUAAGUGCAUUUUUAUUGGCUACUCAUCUGGGCAAAAGGGGUACAAAUGUUGGAGCCCAUCAGAACAUCGUACAUUUGUGAGUAUGGAUGUUACUUUUAGGGAAACUAUUCCUUUCUAUGGGGAGAAAACAGAUUUGAGUGAUCUUUUUCUUGAUCUUGAUUCUUCUAAUACGUGUGAGGUUGGUGAUGAGGAGAAUGGACCAUUAGUGACUAAGGAUGUUGAGGAAUCGAGGAGGAGUAAAGUGAUUACUGGUCUAAUCCCAUGUCCAGUGGUUGUAAGUGAAGCAACAAAUGUGGAGAAGGAGAGAACAUCACACACGGAAAGAAAUCUGCAGGUGUACACGAGAAGGAGGAGAAAUCCUUCUGUACAACCUUCACCUGUUAAUGAUGAAGAUGGUACCCAGGUGGAGCAACCACAGUUGGUGCAGCAAGAACAACUUCCAAUUGAUAAUGAGGUUGAUAAUCCAUCAGCACCUUCAAGUGAAAAUAUCAACUCUUCUAUCGAUCUCCCUAUUGCUACAAGAAAAGGAAUGAGAAGUACAGCAGGAAAACCUCCAGAGAGAUAUGGCUUUGAAGAUGGCAUUGAGGACAAGAAUGAUAUAGCUAAUUAUGUCUCAUAUGAAUCCCUAUCUUCUACCUACAAAGCUUUUGUAGCAUCAUUGCAAUCUGUGGCAAUUCCAAGAGACUGGAAAGAGGCAAAGCGAGAUCCUAAGUGGAAGGAAGCCAUGCUAGAGGAGCUAGCAGCACUUGAAAAGAACAAAACUUGGGAUCUUGU